AGCGCAGCCAUCUUGACUCAAGAAGGGGGCUUUGGCUGGAGCCUUUGCUGCUCAGAGUUUCCCAACCACGAUGCGGCCUUGUCGUUUGUAUUGCUUUAGUGCCUGCUUCCAGCUAGCCUUCAGCUGUCCAGCGACGAAGUCGCUGCUGCACCAUAGCAAACAGCGAUCUCAGUUCUAUCUCGACAAGUGCACUCGCGAUAUCGGGGGGGGGGCAGAGGGCUCCGAGCAGUGGACCGUCAAGUUUGAUUUGACCCUCGGCCCCGGCAAGAAAUUUCAAAGCCGAGACGGUCGAUCGGGUGCCAUGUCUUUUCCAAUCCCUGACGAUGGCUUCUGGUUGAAGUCGGCACACCUAAUGGUUACAGAUAAGACGGGUAGCCAGCUUUUUUCGUGGCCGCCCAUUCACGUGCAUCACAUCGUGUGCAGGACCAAUAUCGCAGACCUGUGGUACGAGCAGGAGGUGUUUGAGCACCGUGCUUCUUUCCUAACAGUGGCUGGCGCUGGCGGCAUGAGCAAGUUCUCCCACCGCUACACUGUACUGAACAGGACAGACGGUUGGGCAGAGUAUUACCCCGCUCAGACUGAAGUCACCUGUGGACUGCGCAUUGAUGAUGAUCGUUUGGUGGGGGACGCUCAAGAAUACAAGCUAGUAGUCAUUAUGGAUCUUGUUAUUGAUGCUGAUCGGCGUUACGGUUUCCGUCCCCUCAGCACCGCUUAUUGGGAAGGCACGACCACAGGGCAGGUAGGGUACAAUUUGCCAACCGGAACCACCACACUCUUCUCGAAAGAAUACGAAACACCAGGGGCAGGCUCGUUUGAUCCAGACAGCCUUGGUUCUCAUACGCAUCCCGGCGCGAAGUCAUUAAAGCUCUUUGCGAAACGCUUGGGUGGCCAAUAUUUUGCUACGCCACAGCUUCUGUUCACAAUGCAGCACCCCGUGUUCGUUGUGAAACCAGGGUCGCACAGCCAGGAGCUGAAUGUAAAACCUGGCCCGUACGUAAGACCACCCACUCUGGACUGGAGUGAAAUAGGAUUGAAAUGGUUGACUGGCAGCCUUUUCUCGUCAGGAAUCGAUAGCACUAGGGAGUGUGCUUUUCAAAAGGGAGACAUAUUCUACCUGGAGGCGGUUCAUAAUGUUUCGCGCUUCACACUUAUCGAUAUGAUGACGUUGCGUUGGACUGUGUUUUGGAACGACCCGCCACAGUCGAUCUUUGCCCCAGGCCCUUAUUUCCAGUCAGGGUUCCUGCGCAACCAGCUAUGGGACCAGUACCUGGCUCCUGCUGAUUUGCUCGCCCAAGUCCCGCAGAAGGUCGACCAGAGCGUAAUGCUUGAUUUGCACUCGAGAAUGCCGUCCUUGUUUUGCCACCCAUACAGAGCUGCCGACGGCAAAUACGUAUCAUGUCUUCGCAGGUAUGCUAAUAAGGUGUUUAUGCACGCUUCGUCAGUAAACGAUGUCGACAUGAAUCUUCUCGCACAUCGGCAGAAGUCGUGCGGCCAGUGAGUUUAGCUAAACUGCCAUCUUUGCAAUUCUCUGGGGAGCCUUCCCCGGGAGUAGAAAGCUGAACCUGAAUUUGAGGGCUAUGUUGGCGUCCCGUGAGGGGUCUGUCGGCGUAGCGCUUUCCAAGACAUUUCGAUAUCUGGUCAUAGGGGCCGUGGGUGGCAGCGUGCAGCGUUGGAAUUCGUUGCUUUUCUCCUGCGCUUCCUCGCCUUUUCUCUUCUUCCCCCUCCUCCCUCCACGUUCACAUGAGUGAGGCAACAUUCCACUGGUUCCCCUCCUGUCUCCUUCUUGCGUUUGAUACUGUUUCAGCCGCCCUCAAGCGCGCUGCAUGCAUUGAUGCCUUUCUCUGCGCGUUGAACACGCGCCGUCUUGGGUGCUCCCCAGCCCCAUCGCUCGUCUUUGAAGCUCGUCUUCGGAUCACUGCUCGGAGGCAUACGCCCUUGGCGGAAGCCUGGAGCGAGGCGGGGGUCUCACUGUCUCGUCGUGUAGCGAGGGUGGCGGUACCGAGGUUGGAGGCGCUGCCGGUAUCGGGGAUGGACAGAACCCCCAACAGUGACACGUCGAUUAGUGAAUUGUCCGUUUUCGGUUCUCGAGAGGGCGCCGUGGCCGUUAUUUUCCAGCCUUGCGCCCGCCAGGUUUGGGCCUCAGGUCGUUUUCACUAAACCACGUUUUACUAAAGGGGGGUCUGUCCAUCCC